UCGUUUUGGUGACAUGAAGAAAUAAAAUAAAAAUAAAAAGGGGCUUCUUUUGUUCCGGGUGUCGUCCAUGAUCUAGGGUUUCCCAUGGUUUUUACGACGUUACCAAAGUUACCGUUGGGUCUGUUGAAGUGUUUGAUUGAACAUCCAUAUUCUUAACCUUUUUCUUUUUGUUUGGCAAUCUCAGCAAUCUCUCACCGUCCUUUGUAAAGAUCUGAGAGUCUACAACUUGAGUAUUAAUGGUUGACCAUUAACACAGUCAAUCAUCGUCGGAGAAUUGGGGAGAUCUUUAAGUGCGCAUCAGAAGAGGGCUAAUCAGAUUGCAAAUUCAAUAAAAGAAUAUGGUGAUGGUAGCGGCCGUACGCGAUUACAUCAAUCGGAUGUUGCAGGACAUCACCGGCAUGAAGGUUCUCAUUCUCGAUCCUCAAACGGAAUUUGUGGUACAAGAUCAAGUUGUUAUGAAGAAUGGUUAACUUUGCCAAGAGAUGGUGAUGUUAGGAUCAUUUGGAGCACAAAUGCUAAUGUUAGUUUUGUUAGUGUUGUGUAUUCACAGUCAGAACUACUCCAGAAAGAAGUUUUUUUGGUAGAACUGAUAGAUUCCAUCUCAAUGUCAAAAGAAUCUAUGUCACAUCUUAAAGCCAUCUAUUUUGUCCGGCCCGUCUCGGAGAACAUUCAACACUUACGGCGCCACCUUGCUAAUCCGAGAUUUGGAGAGUAUCAUUUAUUUUUCUCUAACCUAUUAAAGGAUACACAGAUUCAUAUUUUAGCUGAUUCAGAUGAACAGGAAGUCGUACAACAAGUUCAGGAGUUUUAUGCUGAUUUUGUUGCGCUUGAUCCAUAUCACUUCAUCUUGAAUACGCCAUGGAAUAGUCUUUAUAUGCUCCCUGCAGUCGUAGAUCCUUCAGGUUUACAGAACGUUUGUGAUCGAAUUGUUGAUGGUAUUGCAGCAGUUUUCUUGGCGUUGAAAAGAAGACCUGUUAUCCGAUAUCAGAGGACCUCUGAUAUUGCAAAAAGAAUUGCACAAGAAACAGCAAAGUUGAUGUAUCAGCAAGAAAGUGGUCUUUUUGAUUUUAGACGAACAGAGAUUUCUCCACUGCUGAUGAUAGUUGAUCGAAGAGAUGACCCUGUGACCCCGUUGUUGAAUCAGUGGACCUAUCAGGCAAUGGUUCAUGAAUUAAUUGGUAUUCAGGAUAACAAGGUGGAUUUGAGAAACAUUGGCAAGGUUCCAAAAGAUCAGCAGGAGGUUGUACUGUCAUCAGAGCAAGACUCCUUUUUCAAAGCUAACAUGUUUGAGAAUUUUGGAGAUAUUGGAAUGAAUAUUAAGCGGAUGGUGGAUGACUUUCAACAAAUUGCGAAAAGUAACCAAAACAUUCAAACAAUAGAGGACAUGGCUAAAUUUGUUGACAAUUACCCUGAAUACAGAAAAAUGCAUGGCAAUGUUUCGAAGCAUGUGACUUUGGUCACAGAAAUGAGCAAGAUAGUUGAAGAGAGAAAGCUCAUGUUGGUUUCGCAAACAGAACAGGAAUUGGCUUGUAAUGGUGGGCAAGGGGCAGCCUAUGAGGCUGUGACGAAUCUUUUAAAUAAUGAAAGCCUGUCUGACAUUGACCGUCUGCGCUUGGUUAUGUUGUAUGCUUUGCGCUAUGAGAAAGAAAAUCCAGUUCAAUUGAUGCAGCUCUUCAACAAACUGGCUUCUCGGUCUCCCAAGUACAAACCAGGGCUUGUCCAGUUCCUCUUGAAGCAAGCGGGGGUGGACAAACGAACAGGUGAUCUAUAUGGAAAUCGUGAUCUUUUAAACAUUGCUCGCAAUAUGGCCCGUGGACUGAAGGGUGUUGAGAAUGUUUACACCCAGCACCAGCCUCUUCUGCUGCAGACUAUUGAAAACAUAACAAAGGGACGGUUGCGAGAUGUGGACUAUCCAUACAUUGGAAAUCACUUUCAGCAGGGCAGGCCGCAGGAAGUGAUUAUUUUUAUUGUUGGUGGGACAACAUAUGAGGAGGCUCGUACUGUCGCUUUACAAAAUGCCAGCAAUUCUGGAAUUCGUUUUAUCCUUGGUGGCACAGUGGUCCUCAAUUCUAAGAGAUUUCUCAAGGACCUGGAAGAAGCUCAGAGGAUAGCUCGAACCAACACCAGUGUGGUUUGAGUUUCAAAUCGUGCUAUUUGUUUCAUUUUGAAGCUCUGUAAAUGAGUGUUUGUACUGCUUUACAUGAUUAGUUUUUUGAAUAUCUGUAAAUGAGUGUUUGUACUGCUUGACAUGAUUAGUUUCACAAUUGGUAGUGAUCUUAUAUCUUAUAUGAGGUCGCAAUUGUAGCUUGACGAGGGAGAUCAUCAACCAGUUAGCUGUAUUACUCACAUCCAUAUCGAUUUAUUUGCUCUCAAGGAGCUGGUUAGGAACUGGUCCAUGGAAUAUAUUGUGAGGUUUGUAGAAAUAUAUUGUCAUGUUAUAUCUUAUACGUACAUAAUCAGGUUCAAACUGCA